CUCGCAAAGCUGCGCUGGUCGCCUGCGGAGGGGAGGCUGCCAGGAACGACGGCCGCAGGUCUGCUUUCCAACACCUCAGGGGUCUCCUGCCAUGUCCGACCCCAUUACGUUGAAUGUUGGGGGGAAGCUCUACACGACCUCUCUGGCAACCCUGACCAGCUUCCCUGACUCCAUGCUGGGGGCCAUGUUCAGUGGAAAGAUGCCCACCAAGCGAGACAGCCAGGGAAACUGCUUCAUCGACCGAGAUGGCAAAGUGUUCCGCUAUAUCCUCAACUUCCUGCGGACCUCCCACCUGGACCUCCCCGAGGACUUCCGGGAGAUGGGGCUACUCCGCAGAGAAGCUGACUUCUACCAGGUGCAGCCUCUGAUCGAGGCCCUGCGCUAGAAGUAGGUGGAGCUCUCCAGGGCCGAGAGGAACGCCAUGCUCAACAUCACGCUGAGGCAGCGUGUGCAGACGGUCCACUUUACUGUGCGGGAGGCGCCCCAGAUCUACAGCCUGUCGUCCUCCAGCAUGGAGGUCUUCAACGCCAACAUUUUCAGCACAUCUUGCCUCUUCCUCAAGCUCCUUGGUUCCAAGCUCUUCUACUGCUCCAAUGGCAAUCUCUCUUCCAUCGCCAGCCACUUGCAGGACCCCAACCACCUGACUCUGGACUGGGUAGCCAACGUGGAGGGCCUGCCCGAGGAGGAGUACACCAAGCAGAACCUCAAGAGGCUGUGGGUGGUGCCCGCCAACAAGCAGAUCAACAGCUUCCAGGUGUUUGUGGAGGAGGUGCUGAAAAUCGCUCUGAGCGAUGGCUUCUGCAUUGAUUCUUCUCACCCACAUGCUCUGGAUUUCAUGAACAAUAAGAUUAUUCGAUUAAUACGGUACAGGUAAAAAGACCCAGCAACUCUGGGGAGGUGGUUCCCAACAAGGUAUGUGUUAGCCAAGGCCUGGAGAUGUCACCAGUGGUGUGAGGCAGGGUGCUGUACUAACCGGCAUUAAUUGCAUAGCAGGACUCAGUUCCCCUCCAGUGGAGUCCAAAUUCUGGAAUCCACACAUCAUCUGAGCAAAACCACCUUUUUCUUGCUUUUUUGAGCUAGAGAUGGGCAGUUUGUUAUGACAAAGGAAGAGUUGGCUGCUGUCUACCAGAGGAGUGCACAGGAGGGCUUUCUGGCCAGGUCUAGGGAGCAGUACUCUCAUCUGUGCUUCGUCUCUGUCUGCUCGCCCGUGCCUCAUUUACCCGUCCACGAACAGAGCCCCUGGAGGCAGCAGAAGCGUGAUGAGGCUCCUUUCCAUUUCCCAGAAUGUGCAGUGCCAGGUCCCUGCACGCCUACUCUUCCCCCUGGGAUGUGACUGGGACCUUGGCCUUAACUGCCCAGGGCAAGCCUGUGUUGCUGGCUUAGAGUGCAAUGUGUUCCUGGUGCUGUCCUAUGGCCCCUUUCAGGGAGAGAGUUGAGCCUAGGAGUGAGCACCCAGAAAGGAUCAGAAGUCGGGGGCUGAGUCUAGGGACUUCUGCCUUCAGAAAGGGGGUGCUGGCCCUGCAAAGGUAUGAAAGUACCUGAAGCCAGUGUGAUGAAAGGUACUUCAUAAUGUAGCUGAUACUACAGUUCUGCAGUUCUCAUCCCCAAAAUUUGAGGUAUUGAUGAAACAGUUCUGUCUAAGCGUAUAUGAUGAACCUUCAGGGUUGGAUAGUCCAGUGGUUGCUUAGCCAUUUCAGCCCCCAGAUCACCCCAGCACAUUUGGGGUGAGGAGUGCAUCUGCCUGAGUGGGUGCCUCUCUGCAAACCUGUAAUAACCACAGGUCACUGUCCCAUGGCUGUGGUUGGGCAGUGCUGUUAGAAAGCUCUUCCUGUAUGAAGCAGGAGUCUGUGCGGCCGCUUCUGUGCUCCAGGUCUCGGCGUCAUGUCUUCCUUACCCCCAGGUUUGUAUCUUUGCAGUCACCAUAGUCACCUCAAGAGAUCAAGCACUUACUCAGAAAAUACUAACUCAAAGUCAGGCCCUUUCGGUCCCCUGUCCACAGGUCCCCUUUGGUUACCUGUGUGGGACUCCACCCCGCCUCAUCCAUGUUCUGCACCAGCCUGGCUCAGCACACCUUUGGAAAAUGAAGAGUCCCACCUGAGGAGACCCAGAGGAAAGAGAGGGCCUUGGGAGGCAUUGUGCAGCAAGGCGCCCACCCAUGUGUGGUGUCUGAACUGUCACACUGCCCUUGGAAUAAGCGCCAGCCCCUGAGAUACUGCUCAGGCGGGUGCCCUUCUUCGCGGUGUCGGGUCAUGAGCCUCCUCAGCAUGAUCCAGGACAAGGAGCCCAAGCAUGAGCUCCGACAGGUGAGGAGCCUCGCAGACCUCCACGCUGCAUGUCGUGGUUCAUCUGUGGA